UAUUGAAUGUGCUGCAUUGGUGUUUUCCUCCUGGGUCAGUUUAAACGAAUUUAUGUCCACUAUCCUUAAGGGAUCUAGACGGCCAUCAUAUAUGACAUAAAGGAUACCAAAUAAAAUGAUUUGCAUUGCAAGACUCAUCAAGCGGUACUGUCACCGAUGCACUAGGAGAACACACAUAUGCAUUGAGCUACGGCCCAGAAGCAGACAGAAAGUGUACCGUGCACUCAUUGUAACUACGCUUGGAAUAUUGUUGCUAAUCCAUUUUGGAGUAUUUGAUAUUCUAAUGGGGACAUCGUUCAGCCAAUUCAAAUACCCCCUGAACAUCGAUUUGGUUAGUGUCGUUAAAGCAGUGAAACAACAUAGAGAGAUCGAUGUAAAACCGAUCAAUGCAUACUCUUUCUCCCAUGUCAUAGAAAACAGUGAAAGGUGUCAUGACGACGAAAACGAAGACGUGUUUUUGUUGGCGGUGAUCAAGUCUUCCAUAGAACAUUUCGAAAACAGGAUGGCUAUUCGGGAAACAUGGGGUGGGCGAGGUGUGGUACAGGGAAGAGAACUCCGCAGCGUCUUUCUCCUUGGAGUCCGACCUUUAGACGGAAAGCACCUACAGAAUAAAGUUAUUGCAGAAAACCAACUAUACGGUGAUCUACUGCAAGAUGACUUUCAUGAUCAGUACUUCAAUAAUACUUUGAAAACAAUGAUGGGGUUUAGGUGGGCCACCAUUCAUUGCAGAAAUGCCAAAUUCAUCUUUUUUGUGGACGACGAUUACUACGUGUCUAUACAAAGUCUCGUAGAAUAUUUAUUAAGUAUUGGAGACAAGAAAAGGUUCCUAGCAGGGUAUGUGUUCACAACCUCCUUGCCAAAAAGAAACCCGUACAGUAAAUGGUACAUUUCCCGUGAGGAGUAUCCAUUUUUCUUCUACCCUUCAUACCCAACUGCAGGCGCCUACGUAGUGUCAAUGGACGUGGCCGUCGAUUUUGACAUUGGUUUUCGAUACACAAAAUACCUGCGGUUUGAUGAUGUCUUCCUCGGGAUAGUUGCUUGGAAAUUACUAGUGACACCAGUGCACCAUAGCGAGUUCUACUUUCUUUCUAAAGUUUACCCGAUGUACAAUCGCCGCAUGAUUGCCUCGCAUGGUUACAGCGAUGGAAAUGAACUCAGAGACGUCUGGUGGAGGUCGAGGAUGAUCUAGACUU